AGCGUCGGUGACUCGCUUAAUUUUAAUUUCUUUUUCUCUUUAAAAGAUAAAUAAGAGAUUAUUAAUUUAUUUUUAUUUUUUAGAGAGAGAGAGAGAGAAAAUCUUUCCCAGAAAGCGAGAGAUUUUGAUAUAUAAGCCAUGGAAGAAGCCAACAGAAGCGCACCCUCUCCAAUUGAUAAUUAGAGAGACAAAAAAAAAAAAAAGGAGAGAAAAGAAAACAGAGAGAAAAUGGCAGAUUCAAGCGACUCUGUCUCCAUUGACAUGGAGACUCUCUCUCUUGCUGGAAAGGAGUUUCUUGUCAAGACUUGCCAUGGUUGCGUAUCUGUUUCUGUAUAUGGAGACCAGGACAAGCCGGCUCUCAUUACGUAUCCUGAUUUAGCUUUAAAUCAUAUGUCCUGUUUUCAAGGAUUGUUCUUUUGUCCAGAAGCAUGUUCUUUGUUACUCUACAAUUUUUGCAUAUACCACAUCAGUCCUCCUGGGCAUGAGUUAGGAGCUGCCACAGUUAGCCCUGAUGACAAUGUGCUUUCUGUUGAUGAUUUGGCUGACCAAAUUGCUGACAUUCUCAAUUAUUUUGGACUUGGUGCGGUAAUGUGUAUGGGAGUCACAGCUGGAGCUUACAUUCUUACACUAUUUGCUAUGAAAUAUAGGCAGCGUGUUCUUGGUCUAAUACUUAUUUCUCCCUUGUGCCAAGAACCCUCAUGGACAGAAUGGUUGUGUAAUAAGGUGAUCUCUAAUUUAUUGUACUACUAUGGCAUUUGUGGAGUGGUGAAAGAGUUUUUGCUGAAGCGGUAUUUCAGCAAGGAAGCUCGUGGUAGUGCUCAAGUACCAGAAUCAGAUAUAGUCCAGGCCUGCAGAAGAUUACUGGAUGAAAGGCAGAGUCUAAAUGUUUGGCGGUUUCUUGAAGCAUUGAACGGGAGACCAGACAUUAGUGAAGGGCUGAGAAAGCUGCAUUGCCGUUCCCUUAUAUUUGUUGGGGAGAACUCCCCAUUUCACUCUGAGGCUCUUCACAUGACAUCAAAACUAGAUAGAAGAUACAGUGCCUUAGUUGAGGUUCAAGCAUGUGGAUCCAUGGUGACAGAAGAGCAGCCUCAUGCCAUGUUAAUACCAAUGGAGUAUUUUCUCAUGGGAUACGGGAUGUACAGACCACCUAAGUUGAGUGUCAGUCCGAGAAGCCCCUUGAGUCCGCUGUGCAUUUCUCCUGAACUCUUAUCACCGGAAAGUAUGGGGUUGAAGUUAAAACCAAUAAGAACCCGAAUACCAGUGGAAGUGUGAAAAGGAUUUGCAUGUCUGGAAAGAACGCUUUUUGUAAUCUAUUUAUUGUAUUUUCUUUGAUGGAUUGGGAAUAUAAAACGUGAGGGGAUUGCUAGAAGAUUGUAGAUAGAGUAGAAAGAUGAAAAGUACAGGGGAGAAUAGUAGAAAGACAGCAGAGGUCGCCAUUCUUUCAUUUGUAAUCACAAGUGUUAGUUGAUGUCGAGGAGGAUUCAGAUACUUUUGUAAAGCCUUGUAAUAAUCAUAAGCAAAUGAUAAUAAUAGCAAGAGUGUACGUUGAACUUA